GCUGAAUGGGCACUGGCGAAUAUUAUGCAUCGUCAAAUCCUAUGAGAACGCUUUGGAACCUCCACUAAGAAACUAGACUUCGCCCUGGGAAAAGGUAGUCGUUACGGCGAGAGGUUAAAAGGGGGGGAAGCUCUCACGAGACUAACUAGAGACAAUUUGAUCUUUAUCUCCAAGCCAAUACGACUGUUAUCCCGACCAGCCAAAUGGGAGUGGCUAAAGGAAAUAGAUCGAGCGCUUCUGGCGAUGUUCUGGUGAUUGUUUCUUUAUCCUUACCUGCCAUUGUCUUGUUCGUGACUAGAAACAGUAUACCCUUCACCACAGUUAUGAGUGGAUGCACGAAUUUGACUAUACAAGCAGAUGAGUACCCAAAACUGGUCAACGACCCACCACAAACCCUAGCAGACCACUACAGCAACCGUCUGGGACACAAUUCCCAUUCAAAAAUUUACAAUUCUCUCAAGAAUUAUUAUUUCACUGGAUCACUGGAAGGAACUCCUGCCUUGACAUAACGAGGAAGUCAUGUGUGGCACUAACUAUAAUGAAAGACUUUCAGGCCAUUACUUCUAGGAGAACACCACGAUUUCGAUGCGCCAGGCGAGAGGUAAGAUGUCGGCACCCACGAACCGCCGAGGAGCAUUCCGUGGUCUCCUUGAGUUGUUCUAGUGAUUAUGUUUUGUAAUAUUCUUGUCAGGAUUUUUGCUCUUUUUUGCAAACAGUGGGGUUUUCUAUACUGUAUGAUUACUGAUCGGCUUUGAUGUUUCUAUUGAUAUAUGUCUUUCUCAUUGAUCUGUUAUUAUACCAUUUAAGUUCAUUUUGACACCCAUAAUGUGCUUCCCUAAGUACUUUGUACCACAUGCAUGACAUUACAACCCAACCCAAUACCUCGUCUUCCCAACCUCAAACUCCCCCUUCAACACCCCCUCC